UCACUCGCACAGCGGUGUGACCCAAUCGACCAAACACUUUCAAAAUCAAACCGAGUAUCCGUGAUGAGCACACUUUUCUAUAAUCGCUCGCUGAUAUUUCGCAAAUUUAUCAUAAUUACUUAGAAAUACUUCAUAUAAUUCUCGUCUUCGAUCACGAUUUAAUAACCAAACGAGGAGUAUUCUUGUAGUGGAAUAGAAACGCAUCUGCCCGUGGGAAGAUUUCACCAUUGAGCACGGAAAAUCUCUUCGGAGACAGCGCGCAACAGGCGAUGAGCAUGGGUACGCUGCGGAGUUCACCCUCUAUCGUCGUUUUAUAUCUGAUGGUUUGUUUUACGUUGGCAAGAGUACAGGAUGUUGCAUCGCAGGAGCAAGAUCUUUUCUUUCCCUAUGGCUCAUCAGUGGGGGAUAAAGAGUUGCCCAUUGAGGACGACACUGGCAUAGAGCUAGAGUUACCAGCGACAAUUAGCUACUUUCCUUUCUUCGAUCAGAAUCACAGAUCGUUAUAUGUCAACACAAAUGGUGUCGUCUCCUUUCUACAAAAUGUGGUCCAGUACACACCGGAGAGUUUCCCCCUGGGUAACGACCGGCGAAUCAUCGCCCCGUACUGGGCUGACGUGGACGUGACCAACGGAGGUCACGUCUGGUACCGGCAGACCACCAAUGACACAGACCUCUUGAAGCGGGCCACCGACGAAGUGGCCCGCGUCUUUGCUGUGGAUUUCAGGUUCGAACCAUUCGUGGCCGAGUGGUUGCUGAUCGUCACUUGGGACAAGGUUGCCUUCUACAAUUCGCGUACUGGCAGGGUAAAUAGAGAGAACACCUUCCAAGCCAUCUUGAUCACAGACAGCGUCUACUCCUUUACAAUCUUCAACUAUGGGGAGCUUCAGUGGACCACGGGCUCGGCAAGUUUUGGGGAUAAGGAGACUGGUCUGGGAGGAGACGAUGACCGAGCCGUCCCAGCGCAGGUUGGUUUCAACGCAGGUGAUGGCCUGAAUUUCUACUCUGUUCCAAACUCGCAAACUGAUGACAUUCUGAAAAUCAACACUACCACAAAUAUACGGAAACCAGGCAGGUGGAUGUUCAGAAUUGAUGGCAAGGAAAUUGAAGCUGCAGGCUGUCAGAAUGAUCUUGACGGAAAUUUGCGAAUAUCCCCUGCCCAGGUCAUCAUGCUUGGGGGUGACGUCCUAUCCAUAUCCGGGCCGUGUUUCGAUGUGAGCAGCGAUGUCUUCUGCCGAAUCCAAGGCUAUGAAAUCCAAGCCAGCUAUGACUUUACCAAAGACCCGUUCACUGUCAGGUGUGCCACCCCCUUGUUCAUGGCUCUGGGAGAGUCACCUGUGUAUUUGUCCAAGGAUGGGGGCCAGACUUACAACUACACUGGAUACAUUACUGUUGUUGGAAUGGACAGGGCACCUCCACGAGUCGUCCCCUCCCAAGACAACGACGUGCUACGAGUCAGCUGGGAGAAAGACGGCUACCCCUUCACCAACUCCCUCAGUGAAGACGACGUGCAUGUGGACGUGUUUCUCUACUCCUACACAGAGGAUCCAAAUACAAAUGAAGUCCGGCUGAAACCAGUUCUGAAGAUUGCUGACAACCGUAAACUGUCCAACGGGUUUGAUUCUCUGAUCAGGCCACAGCUGGCAGAGCCAAUUGAUGUUGGGAUUUACCGUGUGGUUGAGCAUGGAGCAGUUGACAUCUCCCAGCCGGGAAUAAGUGUGGUUAUGGGUGUUCCGGGCACAGACCCCUCCCAGGCCCCAAUUCCAUCCAUGUGGAGCAUGCCCUUCAACGCCAACCCCGCCGAUGAUCAGGCCGACUCAAACCAAUGGUGUCGCUCCUGGGGCAGCGCAGAAACACCACUAGACCUGAGUGGGGACAACCUGCCGGCGUGUCCCUGUACUCUCCGUCAGGCCCAGGCUGAUGUCGGGGCCUUUGAGCCAUACCCAUGGUGCAAUCAGGGAGCAAGUGGAGAUGAGAAAUGCCCGUACAGGACAAGCGUGGUGCAUUGUGUCCGGGCAAGGAGGGGGAGUGAUCAAGGCAGAGGCCAGCUCUGUUGCUAUGACAACACCGAGAACAUUGUCCUACUGGAGGAUAAUUAUGAAGGAGGUUCCUCCCAGAGCCACUUCAAUGGCGGACACGCUCCUGCAGGCUAUCCGGGCAAUGUUCCAUAUUUGUCAAAUUUUCUUGGGGACAGAGUGCCAUGGGAGCAGUGUUGUCCACGCACAGGUUAUAAUCCCUCAUCCUGUGAUAUUUACCGCAAUAAGAGGCCCUCUAGUGACUGCAAGAACUACUUGCCGCCCAAACCAGCUGCUGUGUUUGGCGAGCCACAUUUUAUCACCUUCGAUGGUACAAAGUACAUCUUCAACGGCUAUGGUGAAUUCACAUUGGUCUCAGCUCCAGGCGCCAACCUCACUAUGCAGGGUCGAAUGGCUCAGUUAAUAGAAAAUGUUCAAGCAACGGGUCUGACUGUAGCCACCAUGCGAGUGGGUGAUUCAGACACAAUACAAGUUGAGAUCACUGACAGACGAAAGUUGGACGUGUGGGUUCGCAGGGAGGCCCGAGGCGCAUGGCAACGGCUGGGGUUUGAGCAGAGUGGUUGGUGGACAGCUAGACCAAGAGGUGCAAUUGUUGAGUUGAUUGGUGCCGAAGAGAGCCAAGGUGUGCGGGUGAUAUUUGACCAAGGUACUGCAUUUGAAGCCAAGGCACCAGCUGGUGCUUCUGCAAUGGCUGUCAAGAUCCUGGCUGCACCUGCACUACAAGGUGGCACAACGGGCCUGCUAGGAAAUUGGAACAGCGACCCCAGUGAUGACCUGAAGGCACCGAAUGGGGCGAUAUUCUCUGUGGAUUCACUGGCAAAUCUUCAUGACUUCUUCGGUGUAAAAUGGUACAUAUCCCGAAGUGACAGCUUGUUUCGCUAUGACAUCAGUGUCAAUGUCAGCACCAUCAACCGGCCAAACUUCCAAGCUGUAUACACGCUUGACUCCACGCUCACAGAAGAGCAGCUGAACAGUGUGUGUGGAGACAGUGAGGUGUGUCGGUACGACUACCAGAAGACCUCAUCACCUGAGAUGGGGACUGGAGCAGAAGAUGCAGAGGAGGAUUAUGAGGGGACUAGCAAUGACACCACACCAGUGGUAAGCUGUGGUUUCCUUGAAGCACCGCAAGGUGGUAGCAAGAGCGGCACAGUGUAUCUAAGUGGUUCCACUUUGGAAUUCUCCUGUAUCGAGGGGUAUGAAAGGACAGGAUCAGCCUCAAGACAAUGUGUCCAAGGAGUGUGGCAGGGAAAUGUCACUGUGUGCACUCCACCCCAGGCAUCCAUGAGGGAUCUUAUGUUGAUCAUCAUCAUUGCAGCGGUGCUGGGAGGAAUCCUCCUCCUUGCACUCUGCUUCCUUUGCGUCAUCUGCUGCUUCAGGAGGAAGAAGAGGAAUGACAAGGAUCAUGCUGACCAUGAACUCCGGACAAUAUCGACUAUUGAAGGCAUCGAAAAUGGUGCUCUAGUGACCACGCCCUUGGCAAACGACCGCACCCCUUCAUCCAACUCCUCCAUCAUUGACGAUCCCAAUUAUGAGCACACCCUUCCAAGAAACAACCACCACGACACAGCUUUCCCAUUCGCAGACACGGGUUAUAUGGACAUGAGAGGGAGUAAUGGGGAAGCCCCACGCCGUCCUGCCCGGGACAGACAGCUUGCCAGACCCGUGGAUGGUCCUGACUACCGAGGCUCGGCUAUCGCCAGCAGGGGUCCUGGCUACCGGUCAGCCGAGGAGGCAGUCGCUGGGCCCAGUCAUGCUGGCCCCUCUACCGCCACAGCACGGCAUGUACCCUCCCUGUCAAAACAGCCCAAGACCAGGGCAGAGGAGAAUGCUUAUGAUGACCCGCUCGAAGCGAGGCAGAAGAUGGAAAAGGCUAAAAACAUGAAGGGGUCAAUCUUUAAAGAUCCAAACACUUCACAUUAUGAUUCUGAUGACAGCAGUGAUGACGAAAUAGCGAGAAUCAAACGAAAGAUACGUCAGGAGGUGGAACAGGAGGAGGAGGACGACAGAUAGUAGUUUUCCGGAGUAUGUAAACUUUCACACACUCAAAGCGGUGUUUUGUUUGUCAGGGAAAGGUAAUUCAGGCCACUUUACCCCAGAAGUUUGAAGGAAGGGACUCAUAUUUGGCAUGUUCAGCUACUUUAUUGAUUGUAUUAUAACCAUGCAUUCAUAUCCCCAAAACAUCUUGAUACCUAUUGUACAAUCAAACAGCAAACAAGAAAGAACUGUGUUUUGUCUUUGCAAUUUUGCAAUACUUAGCAUUUAUUACUGUUGUUAUAUACUUACAAGGCCAAUUUUACAGAGCUGCUGAGUAAAACAAUAUGUUGUUUUGCAACUGUUAGUGCCAAAGAUCAUUCACAAGCAAUAUGUAUCGACAUUUUGUAAGACAAUGACAUUUUUAAUGGUAACCUGUUUUUGCUCAGGAAAUAUUUUUGUGCUUUGCAAACUUUUUCACCUUAUAGCUCAGCAGCUCUGUCUAAUUGACCCCUGAUCAUGUAUCGGGGGAAAACAAUUAGACAUAUAUAUUCUGUCUUACCUUCAUUUGAUGUUGGUGUGCUUGCCUCUUCUCCGGUCGAGUGCUCCUUUUAUCCAAAACAAAAUCCUGAGAUUUUUUUUCAUGAGGAUGUCACAGGGUUAGAUGUUGAAAUAGGUUUCUUCCAAGUCUGUGUCUGCUUUAAAUCAGAAAAAAAAAACGUCAUUAGGCUGAGAUGAUUAGUGGAAGUGUAUUUCUACAUAUCUAUUUUUAUAUGAGAUUAAAUUUUUCAAAAGUAAAAAUUAGCUUGAAGAUCCUCAUAGCGCUUUUUAAAAUCCGAAAUUGAUUCUUUGUUUUCACAGCUCUUCAUAAUAUGUACAUGUAUUAGGUUAUUUUUUGUAUAAAAGUUUACUUCUUGUUUUGAAGGUUCUAUUAAAAUCAUCAAGAUAUCUAACACCAUCACUUCCUAUGUUAUUUCAAAGUAUAGUCUCUACUUUAAAAGUAUGUUUUGGUUGUUACAAGAAUACUUUUACUGCUUGGUGGCGGUUGUAGUCGUCCGUAUUAGGUGCAUUUAAAUGAGGGACUCUGCCAAAUUUAAUUUUGAUUGCCGGAGUCUAUUUCAACCAUAUUUAGGUUCCGGUUUCAAAAGUUGUAAAAAUGGUAUUAAAUGGCAUCUGUUCUCUUGAAUACCUGUAUCCGUUGCUAGCCAGUAAGAUUAAGUUUAGUAAUCAAUUUUGAUCCACUGCGCAAGAUUUCUGGGCAUGUAAAUGAUAUACCACGUAAAUAUUAUUCUGUUCUAACAAAUAUCUAUGCAAAUUUAUGCAAUUGAUAAGUGAAUGUUAAG